UAUUUAUCUUCUUAGUACUGAUGAUUGUCCUUUGACAACCUCACAAUGAAAAAACAAAACUUUUUGCUGCUCAGAUUUCCUGGCGUUUAGGCCUUAUCUUUCCUGAAUUUCCUACCUGAAGUAGACAUAAACAUCCAUAAGUGCUCUACUUACGGAAGAAUACCCCUCCAACAGACAUACUUUAUAUAAUAAAAGGAAUGGUCUCUCUCCCAUCACCCCAAAGCUGAAUAAUGGGAGCAGAGCAGAUUGUCAGGGGGAUACUUGAAACUUAAGGGAUGGAAAAUACUUCAGCUCUUUCUCCCCCUUCUCUCCCCCCCCCCCCCCAGCUGGGUGGAAUAGAACAGCCUCAUGGAUUCUUUCUUGUUUUCUCUCUUUCAUGUACUAUUCUUUUGUGUGUAAUUAUUUAAACGGGAGAUCCAUAGCAGCUUUAUGCUAAUAUGCUGAACAAAGGCGAGGGGCGGGGGAAUGGGAAAAGAGGGUAAGGUGAAUAGAGGCAAAGGGGGAGGAGAUGGGGGCUUCAGGGUUCGCGUGUCGAUCGCGUGCCCCUCAGACAGACACAACAAUCACUAAUUCCUCCAAACACAAUACACUCUCUCCCGGGUCUCAACUCGACCUGGGUCAAACACUAGCAACACAGCCCAUUGUUUAUAGUUUUUGCUACAAUAGUUCUUAGAAAACCUGAUGAACCUCUAACUGCAACCUACGUUUUCUUGCACAUGGCUAUUGGAAGAACCGGGGGAAAUUGGUGGUGGUGGUUGGGCGGGGGAAGGGGGGGAGGGGAGGAGGAAGGGGUUCCAGUUAUCUUUUUUCCCCCCUUUAGCUCGAAGAUAGAGAGGAAGGAGGUGAUACUAGCCAGACCGGUGCACUCUCUACCUUUAAAAAGGUGCCUCGGCCAGUUGCAUACAGUAAAACUAGAGAAUUUUCCCUUUGGGGUUGAUUUUUCAUCUGCUUAAGUGGCUAAGUUAGACAUUAAUACAAGGCUGUACUUCUGCUAAAAAUCCUCCUGUCACCCUAUUCCCAGGGUCCGUUAGCAAGUUUCCUGCAUCCCAAUAAUUUAAUCAGGUGGGUGGGGCUAGUAAGUAAUAAAAAAAAAAAAUUAAGAUGUUCAUUGAUUGAGAAUAGAGAUCAAACGAACAAACAAACAAAAUCACUCUUAUGCUACCGCCCCAGCUUUAGGGUCGGUAGUGCGAAAAGUAAAAGACCGCAUCUGUUUUUUCCCACCACCAUUCUACAUGAAAAAUAAAAAAAAUAAAAAAAAGAAAGAAAAAGAAAAAAGAAAGGAAGAGAGAAAGAAAAAGAAAAAGCUAGGGGUACAGGCAAUAAAGUCUGGAGUUGGGAGCCCUGGCAUUACAGCAAAUUCCAAUAUAGUUUGGCUUCCAGCUUGAGAUAUCCCUGGGAAAAGUAAUGUGGGCAGCCAGAAUUAAGAACUGGGAAAGGGUUAUUAAGAAGACACUCAAUCCUACUGGGAACCUGCUAACCAGAAAGCGAUAAAAACUAAUUCAGACCUAACCUCAAGAGUCCUCAAAUGGCAAAAAAUUGAUCCACAAUUUACAGAAAGAAAUAAAAGCAAAUAUUAAGUGAAUAGAAACAGAUUUUAAUAAUGGCAGAAUGAGAUUUGAUACUUUGCUAUUCAGAGAGUAAAAUACAUACCUGUAUUUUAUGUUAAUAGAACAUAUAUACUUGUAGAUUGAAAAGAAAAAAAGUACAGCAGACAGAAGUCCCAGCUUCUCUCAGCCAACACAAUCUGCUGCAGCUGUUUUGAAGGUUUUCUUCUUCUUCUUCUUCUUCUUCUUUCUUUCUUUCUUUCUUUUUUUUUUUCUUUUUUUUUUUUUGCGACAUUUUUUCCCUCCUUGCAGCCCUGGGUUGUAAAAUUAGUUUAGAAAUACUUGUACCUUUCAAAUUUCAAUUCAUCUUUACCCUAAGAGACUGAAAGCAGUUUUUAUUUCAGCUGACUAGAGCUAGGAAAACAACAAAAAGAAACAGAUCCUUUGAAUCUAAGUAUCUCAAUAGGUUUCAAUAGAUUUUCUUUGGUUAAUUCAUAGCACUGUUUGAAUUCACUGUGUGCAGAGCGGAGGUGUUUUGUAUUUUUUUUUUUUUUUUUUUUUUGCUGGUCUUAGAUUAAUGGGUGUUCUUUUAAUUAUUUUUUGAGGUUUGCAAGGUGACUUAUUUUACCUGGUUAUCUACUGAAUGACAGCGUUAUAUAUGUAAUGCAAAAUAUGGUGUGUUACUGCUGAAGGAGAAGAUGGUUCUGAAUACUGGUAUUAUACAGCAAUCCAGGUGAAAUCCGUAAUUAGGAAAAACUGGGGCAGGUAGCCACGGAAACCUCUCCCAUUUCUAGAUUUGUAAGAAAUACUAGUCAAAGAGUGAAAGAAGGAUUGGGCAAAACAUCUGAAGAGAAAUAUUUGGGAAUUUAAGAUUUUUGAAUUUAUCAAAUCUUGGAUUUGAUAUUUUACAGAGUUGCCAUUAACUGGGGUUAAUAUUUCAAAAGUCAUGUUGACUACUAUUAUAUUCCCAUAAUGAUUGUUUUCUACACAUUUUGAUACUUAAAAGCUCUCCAAUCUCACAUCAACAAAUGACUCUGAAUCAUACUGAUUGGAAGUUUUCUUAUAUAUAGAUCAAAGACUGUUGCACUUAUGGACGCUGUAAAACCGAUGGUCAGUUUACAUUUUUUAGGAUUUGUUCAGAGAAAAAACAAAAACAAAAAACUAAAACCUUCCCUGAGAUCAGUUACAAACAAAAGCCCUUGUCAAGACAAACUAACCCAAAUUACUGAUGUUUUAAAUUUCUAUUUUAGCUAAAAAAAAAAAAAAGUGUUUGCCCUGUUGCACCUUAUGUGGAUUUAAUUCUUUUAUUUUAGAUAACGUUAAGAAAUACAUUUGUGGAUUUGCAUCCUAUUUCUACAUAAAAGACUAUCACCCAGGAGUUUAUCUUCACUGGAACCACUUCUCUCCAACAGUCACCCCAAAAUUCAAGUCAGUGAUGUGGAUUGUAAUGAGGAUUACAAGAAUUUGCGAGAUUGUUUCAGACUUCGGGUUGAGGCGGGGGCGGGGUGAGGCGCAGACCGACUACCUUCUUUUUGCUGUUACGGUUUAGCUGGUGUAAAACAGGCAGCCCGUCCUCUUUAAAGCCGUUGCCUUCUCUUGGUGGACAGAUUUCUCCCUCCUUCUCCUCUACUCCCCACUCACCCCUCCUCUUUCCCCCAGCCCCCCUUCCUCGGCCCCGCAGCACGCGUCUCUUUCUCGUCCAGAUUGGCCGCGGUUCGUGUUCAAUAGAAGGAGGUUAAUUUCCUUCACAAAGGUGAAAGGGGCACGGCUCUGGGAGGCUACUGUGCAGAGACAGACAGGCCCUUUAUUUUUUAGCUACUUGAUUAGACCCCUUGAUUUAGCAUCUGAUGUCAAACAGCAGACAAAAUGCACGAACUGAAUUAAAAUGCAUGAGGCAGCAAAGGAUAAUUUAAAAGAAGUUUAUCAAAAUGGAUUGAUAUGUGAAUUUUGGUAUUUCGCAAAUACUUGGAUAAAUGAAAUGACUGUGCAGUAAGGGAGUGGAGGGGCAACUUUGCACAAUCGAUGAGCUAUUUAAUAGGGCAUUAUAAAGAUACAGGAAAUAAGUAGUUUUAGUAGGACUCUAUCCCAAAAAAAAAAAAAAAAAACUGUUUCGAAAUGCAAGUUCUUUUUGAAAGCAGAAAAGAAGAUUUUGACUAAUCCACCCGUUUUGUCUCAAAAAGUACUAUGAAAUGACUUCUUGACGUUAAUUAAGACUUUUUAAAGAGAAAAGGAGUUGAUGAUGUGGAUACUAAUAUUUCACUUCAGUAAUUCAGAGAGUCUGAAUUCCUAAAUCCCUUCAAUUAGUUUAGCAGAAAUACCCAUGUUUCCAUUUUCACUUGAAUUGAUGCUUCCCUGAGGAAUUUUCUGGGUUGCUAUCCUAGUGAAGUCAAUUUUGAAUUCGGUGUGUUGCUUUUAAGACACACAGAUUUUCCAAUUUUAUUAAUUUUUCAAGUACAAUGAUUUCUUCUCUAUCUUUGACUUCUUAAACAAUUCUGAUGCCACAUUUUUGAUUGCCCUCCUCACCAUCUUUCUCAGUUUUUUUCUCUUCCAAAUCACACUUUCCCCUCGUUCCUCCCCUCCCCAACUUCUCCCUCCACUUCAGUUUGCAUAUUGAACCCUCCUGACAUAUUUUGGGCCAUUCUUCUUCUUUGUUGCUAUUUUGCUCCAGAACUGCGGGUAAUCCCACCGAUUUUAGAUGCUGCUCAUUGUGAUGCUGAUGGACAUUUCCAUUUGGCAGAUCUGUGCCCCCCGGAGGAGAGACACAAAGCCAAGGCACGUGUGCCUUCCUAUAGAAAACCAUCAGACCGUGAAAAGAGGAGGGGCCAGGCGUGUGCCUCUAUCCAGGAGGGGCCAGAAGUAAAUAGGAGGCAAAAAGGGGAGGGGGGAGGGAGGGAGGAGACGGAGGGAGGGAUGGAAAGAAAAGAAAAGGGGGAAAACACCCUCAGGUACAUCUGCUAUACCUACCAAGCAACCCCUAAGUCCCUGCCCCCUUUUUUCAAACCACUCUUUACCCUCCCACCCUCAAAUCCAUAGGAGCAGUGGGAAGCUCUGAUUGGCUCCGGACGGAGCGGGAGGCGAGAACAAUAGCAUCCUCCCCCCCUUAAAAAGAGUGCUGCUAUCUGGGCAGGCAGGGGAGAACAGGGACGUGUUUGCGGGGGCACGGAAGGAAAAAAAAAAGGCACACCACAGACACGUCCCAUAGACAUCACACCAGCAGGCAGGCACGGCAGGCAAGAGCGAAGGAGUUCGCGACUGCUUACUGCGGGCGGAGCCAGACUGAUGGGCGAAGACGGCGGGAGGCGCUGAGCUAGAGCCGGGUACCAGUCAGAGAGGAAAGAGCCAAGGUAGAGUGCGCUCCGAGGCUCUCGGCAAGAGAGCCCGAGAAGGCGCAUCCCUACGCCGCCCCCUCCAGUGCCUUCCUCAGUGUCCGGGGUCGCCCGCCCCGCGCAGGAACCCAAAGAUGCCCCGAGGAUUUCUGGUGAAAAGAAACAAGAAGUCCACGCCCGUCUCCUACCGGAUCCGCUGCUGUGAGGACGGCGACCGCGAGCUGCUGCUCUUCUCCAGCUGCGGCGGCAGCGGCGGCUCCUCCCCACCCCUCCCCGGCUCCGAGCGGGCUCCCGCAGCGCUGCUGGCUAAUGCGCCCCCGGCCACACUGCUGCUGCCGCCGCCGCUGCCGCUGCCACCCCGGGAGCUGCCCGCGCCGCCACCACCGGCCGCGGGCCCCAAGCCCGUGCAGUUCGGCAACCCCGAGGCGGUCUACCCGGCGCCACUGUACAGCCCCACGCGGCCCGUGAGCCGGGAGCACGAGAAGAAGAAGUAUUUCGAGCGCAGCUUCAACCUGGGCUCGCCGGUUUCCGCUGAGUCUUUCCCCACACCCACAGCCUUGCUGGGCGGCGGGGGCGGGGGCGCGGGCGUGGGCGGCAGUGGGGGGGGCACCUGCGGCGGGGACCCCCUCCUUUUCGCCCCUGCCGACCUCAAAAUGGGCACCGCCUUCUCCUCAGUCGCCGCCGCUGCCGCUGGUGCAGAAGCUGGGGGCGGGGGCGGGGGCCGGGGCCCCGGUAGCCACCACCCGCCAGCCGGCAACCUGCUGACUGUCCCCGGCCCUGUCUCUGUUGCCGCCGCCGCCGCAGCCUCCCUGAGGCACCCUAGUAAACGGCCUGCGCCCGCGCCAACGGCGGAGCCCGGUGCUCCUGCGGCCAAGCCGGCCAAAGCGCCGGCCGCCAAGAAGCCCAAGGCCAUCCGCAAGCUGCACUUCGAGGACGAGGUGACCACGUCGCCUGUAUUGGGCCUCAAGAUCAAGGAGGGCCCUGUGGAGCCACCCAAAGGCCGGGCAGGGCUGGGGGCAGCUGGCGGGGCCGCGGGGGGCGGUGGCGGCGCGGGCGGCAGCACGGGCGGCGGGAGCGUUGGUGGCGGCGGGGGCAGACCUCUGGGCGAGUUCAUCUGCCAGCUGUGUAAGGAGGAGUACGCUGACCCCUUCGCCUUGGCCCAGCACAAGUGCUCCCGCAUCGUGCGCGUGGAGUACCGCUGUCCUGAGUGCGACAAGGUCUUCAGUUGCCCGGCCAAUCUGGCCUCGCACCGCCGCUGGCACAAACCCCGACCCCAAGCCACUGCCGCCGGCGGCCACCACGCUUCGGGGACCGGCGUCGCCGCCGCGGGCACCUUGGCUCCGCCAGCCGGGGGCGCCCGAGCAGCCGAGGGCAAGAGCAGUGCAGACGAAGUUCUGGCCAAAGCUGGGGUUGGUGGUGAACCGAAAGAGGCAGGCGGCAGCGACCGAGACACGCCUAGCCCCGGGGUGUCGGAGUCGGGCUCUGAGGAUGGAUUGUACGAGUGUCACCACUGCGGAAAAAAGUUCCGUCGCCAGGCCUACCUGAGGAAGCACUUGCUGGCGCAUCACCAGGCUCUGCAGAACAAGGGAGCGCCGCAGCCCCAGCCUCCACCGCCGCAGCCCCUGCCAGCCCAGCCCGACGACCUGCUGGUCUACCCCAGCUAUCCCGGGUCCGAAGGCUUGCAGCCCCUGCCACCAACCGAGAAGGCGGGGAAGGAAGUUGGGGGCGAAGGGGAAGUGUCGAAUCCCCUCAACAUGAGUGCCCCCGCGGAAUGCCAUCUGUGCCCUGUGUGCGGGGAGACCUUCCCCAGCAAGAGCGGCCAGGAGCGCCACCUCCGCCUACUGCACGCGGCCCAGGUGUUCCCCUGCAAAUACUGCCCGGCCACCUUCUACAGCUCACCGGGGCUUACGCGGCACAUCAACAAAUGCCACCCCUCGGAGAACAGACAGGUGAUCCUGCUGCAGGUGCCUGUGCGUCCCGCCUGCUAGACAGAGUCUGUUCAGCGCCGCCGCGGGGAGAGCAAGGAGAGAAAAGGAGAAGAAAAGGAAAAAAAAGAGGAAGGGAUGGGGGAAAAAAAAAAAAAGCUUACCCCUCUCUCCCGUCAGAAACAACCACCCCAGCCCCCGCCCUGAUAGCCCCACUCCCCAGCCCCUCAAGAAGUGUGCCUUCGCUUGUAGAACCACAAAGAGACUGUGAGCCCCGUCCGUCGGUCCUUCAAUCCAUCAAUCUGUCCCCAGCCCUUCCCCUCUUGCUCCUCCCCAAACUGCUUUUUAGCGUUCGUGAAUGAAACGCGCUGGUGGUGAAAACUGAAACGUGAAAAGUGUUGUCUUGAUCUCGUAGCGUGCUGGUAACCAACUCUUCACCCCUAUCUUCUCCCCAACCCCGUUGUGGUUUAUUUUUUUCUCCUUGAUUUUCUCCAAGUUAACUUGUUCUCGUAAGAGCUGGUUUAUUUCUGUUAAGAGAGAAGAAAAAGCUGUACCCUUUUGUCUCCUCAUUGGUAUUCCUCCCUAACUCCUCUCCUUUGCCCCUUCCCUUUGGAUUUUCUGGAAGCUCAAAAUAUGUAUCUGCUGAAUCCUUUUGAAAAACAACUGUUUUUACUGCUAGUGUUCGAUGUGUUGACGGUCUCUAGAAAGUCUCCGUUUUCUCCUCUUUUUUACCCAUCUCUACUCUUUUCUCUAUAUGUAUUUAGCCUACGGGUUGUUUUUAGUCAAUCUUAAGGAAUAAUGCCUUUAUACUUCACAGGCUGUAAAUUGAAUUUACCACAUGAUUAGCUUUAUUAUGGCUUGUGAACUGCUGGAUUCUGGCUUUACCUUUUUGUAUGUGAACAAAUCAAAUUGCUUAAAAAGAGUUUUCUUUAGUAUAGCCACAAAUGCCUUGAAUUGCUGUUUUGUUUCAGGGUUGUUUUUAGGGGGAGGGGAGGGAAAUUUUCAGAGUAUGCUGUAGAAAUUGCCUUAAUAUUACAUGUCAGCUUUUUCGUUUGAUAAUCUUUGUUGAGGUAGGACCAUAUGAGUUUACUCUAAAUGUAUAUGUUGAUUUAUGAGUGUUAUUUAUUCACUAUUUAUUUAUAUUAUGAAAAUUAUGAUAUUAUUUGAUUGCAGAUAUUUUUGAUGCGCUUUUUUUUCUGCCACGUGUGACAUUUCACUGUGCAUUUUAGAAGAGGGUCUUUUUCUAAAGGGAUCUGCUAAAAGUUUUAACUUUUAUACCUAUCUGAGCGAUUACAUACAACCUUACCAUUUGCUUGGAGGGCUCAGACAGCUCUUGUACAACUGACAGCUCUUACUUUUAGAUGCAAUCUCUUUUCUACACACAUUAUUUUCUUAAUUGUUAGCUAUUUAUAGAAUGCUUCAAUAGAACUGUUUCAACUGUAUAACUAUUUACUAUUCAAAUAAAAUAUUUUCCAAUUCAAA